GGACCUCACUGCUAUAAAUGCUGAAUUUUUCGCCGGAACUUUAGACUAAAUUAGGAAGCGGGCAGAUUUUAGAAUUUCAGAUAAAUUGAGAAUGGCAAACAUGUUACUAGGCGCAGUAGCAGCUCUACUUCUGAUCUACAAUGUAGGCGCAAUCUUGGAGACAAGCCACCUUAUUGAAAUAGACCAUGAGGGUAACAAAGUUGCUAUGGACAUCACCUAUGACGAUGAAAAAAAUACGGUACUCGUAAUUGUCGGAGAUGUUUCAAAAUAUAAAGACGGUGUUCAGACGGUGAAUCUACACGACUUCAAUACGAGAUAUGGAGUCCUGAAAGACAUCAACAGGAAAACAUGCCUUCUCGGGAAAGCGUUUACUCCGAAAGCAAUGCCAGAGAAAUACAGAAUGGGCUUAACCACUGAAGUUCAUUCACACAUGCUGGACAUCAAUCCUAAAGUGAUGACCAAACAAGAGGUUUAUGAUCUGGGCGGUCCACAUAUUGCUGCCUUCUGCAAUGACUAUGAUACCUACUUCGUGACAGGGACUCCACUGAAAGGCAAUGAAAUGGAAGUUGCAGCAUUUUCAAGCGGAGGAACUGCAACGAUGUGGUGUGUGUUUUCGAGUUGUAAGGCUGAUUUUAGCCACUUUAGAUAAACAGUAUUCCCCAGACGGCUGAAACUGUAUAUAUUUCUGUUUAAUGCCCAAGAAAACUACAUGGACAAAUGUAAUGCAGUUUAGGAAAAAAUGUCUCAAAAGAAUAUCAAAUAUAAAAUUAGUUAUUCAAAAGUUUAUAUGUUUAUGCAAAAUCAAACUUUUAAGUAUACAAUCACUGUAAAAUUAUAUCAUUUUGUAUUUUCGAAUUUUGACAAUAUAUAUUGCUGAGCAGUAGCAGCAGUUUUUGAGCGAGUGAAUGUAAGGAUGAUAUUAUAUAAUACUACUAAUUGUAACACUUACAUGUUCUUUAUGCAAGUUGAAUAGAAUGACUGAAGAAAA